GCAAGCCAACCAUCAGUGACGUUACAGCCCGCUCCAUGACCCUCUCUUGGACUCCUCCUGAAGAAGACGGAGGAGCUAAAAUUAAGAGCUACAUCAUCGAGAAGAAGGAACCCUUCAGCUCCAAAUGGACAGCUGUUGGUAGCACUGAUGACACCUCCUUCACUGUGACAGGAUUAAAAGAGGGUACCGAGUAUGAGUUCAGAGUUGCAGCAGAGAACAAAGCAGGCGUGGGGAAAUUCAGCCCAGCAACUCCACCAACUAUCGCCAAGGAACCUUAUGAUGUUCCAGAUGCCCCUGGCUCUCCCAAGACCUCCGAUGUGUCUGAACGUUCCAUCACUUUAACGUGGACCCCUCCUCCCUCGGACGGCGGAAGCAAACUCCUCGGCUACAUCGUUGAACGCAAAGAUGCCUUCAGCACGAGAUGGGUACGCGUCACGAGAGAUAGAGUGACAGAGACUACACUGAAGGUUACCGAUGUAAAGGAGAACUCGGAGUACCAGUUCAGAGUGAUUGCAGAGAAUAAGGCAGGACCUGGACAGCCCAGUGAACCGUGUUCUCCUGUUGUUGCCAAACGCCCAUAUGAUGUUCCAAGUAGCCCAGGAGCUCCUACCGUCUCCGACAUCACAGCUACCAGCGCAACUCUUUCCUGGACUCCUCCAGAGUCUGACAACGGCUCUCCGAUCACAUCUUACAUCAUUGAACGAAAGGAAAAGUUUGGUACUCGCUGGACAAGAGUCAACCCAACAUCGUUGACCAACACAAGCUUCACCGUGGAAAAUCUGAAAGAAGGCGAUGAGUAUGAGUUUAGAGUAACUGCUGAGAACAAAGCUGGAGCUGGUAAACCUAGUCAGUCAUCCAGACCAAUUGUUGCCAAACCUCCAUAUGAUGUCCCUGAUGCUCCAGGAAAGCCAAAGGUAAACAGUACCACAGCUAACUCUGCCAACCUCUCAUGGUCUGCUCCACCAUCUGAUGGAGGCAGUCCAAUCAAGACCUACCUCAUCGAGAAGAAAGACAGAUUCUCAAUUCGGUGGACAGUGGUCAACCGAGACGAGUCUGUAACUGAGACCAAGUAUGUCGCGAGAGACCUGAAAGCGGGCGAGGAGUACCAUUUCAGGGUAAUUGCGGAGAACAAGGCAGGUGCUGGUCAGCCAUCAGAACCUUCAGAGCCAAGGAUCAUAAAACCAGCCUAUGAUGUUCCAGAUGCACCAGAUGCCCCAACACUCUCGGACAUAUCUAGCACCUCAAUGACUCUCGACUGGUCCCCACCAGACAACGAUGGUGGCAGCCCGAUUACUGGCUACACUGUGGAGAAACGCGACAAAUUCAUCACAAAGUGGACCAAGGUCAACAGAUACGCAGUGACGGAAACCACCUUCAAGGUCAGCGACCUUCGAGAAGGGACGGAGUAUGAAUUCCACGUUGCCGCUGAGAACAAGGCAGGGCUUGGGAAGUUCAGCGAGCCAUCUCAGAAGAAGGUUGCCAAGCAACCCUACGAUGUUCCAGGCAUUCCAGGAACUCCUGAUGUCUCAGACAUUACAGCCACAUCCCUCAAUCUCAGCUGGACAGCACCCUCUAGUGAUGGUGGAAGUCCAAUCACAAACUACAUCAUCGAGAAGAAAGAGCAGUUUGCGAGCCGAUGGAGCCAGGUCAAUAGGGAGUCAGUCACCAAUCUGAUAUACAAGGUUACCAGCUUGACUGAAGGUAAUGAGUACCAGUUCCGUGUAUCAGCAGAGAACAAGGCUGGAGCUGGAAAGCCCAGCCUUCCUACAGCAACAGUCGUAGCGAAGCAUCCCUAUGGCAUUCCAUCUGCCCCAGGUACACCAUCCCUGUCCAACGUCAUCGCAACUUCUAUGACCCUAACAUGGACUCCACCCGCCUCGGACAACGGAAGUCCGAUUACCGGUUACAUAGUGGAGAGACGUGACAGAAUGAGCACUCGUUGGACCAGGGUUACCAGGGAGACUGUUACCGAGCUGACCUACAAUGUGACUGGCCUGACUGAAGGAAAUGAAUAUGAUUUCAGAGUGAGCGCUGAGAACAAGGCUGGGGUCGGUGAGCCUAGUCAGCCCUCCAAGACGACCAUUGCCAAACUACCAUAUGACAAACCUGAUGCACCAGGGCAACCAUCCAUCUCAAACAUCACCGCUUCCUCGAUGACUCUCAACUGGUCUGUGCCCUCAUCCGACGGAGGUAGUCCAGUUACCGGAUACCUCAUCGAGAAGAAAGACCGCUUCAGCUCUCGUUGGUCAAGAGUCAACGACUACAGCACCCAAGAUGUGGAGUUUAUCGUCAGCGGGUUGAAGCAAGGGUCUGAGUACGAGUUCAGGGUGGCCGCUGAGAACAAGGCUGGAGUCGGCAAGCCGAGCGAGUCCUCUGGAUACAAAGUGGCCAAGCCACCAUAUGAUGUAUCUGAAGCACCAGGAACACCAGAAGUAUCAGACAUUAAACCAACAUCAGUCAACCUCAGCUGGUCCGCUCCUGAAUCAGACGGCGGAACGGACCUCUUAGGUUACAUCAUCGAGAAGAAGGAUAAGUUUUCACCUCGCUGGAGCCGUGUCAACACAACCCUAGUCCAAGACACAAACUUCAACAUCACUGGAUUAUCGGACGGCCAAGAGUGUGACUUCAGAAUUCUUGCCGAGAACAAAGCCGGCCUCAGCAAACCCAGUAACAUCUCGUCCUACCAGAUCAAGGCACCGGAUGCCCCGAGUACGCCAGAGGUCUCCAACAUACGUGAGAACUCAGUAACUCUACACUGGUCUCCGCCACAGGUUGACGGAGGCAGCAAAGUCACCGGAUAUUACGUAGAGAAGAGAGAUGUUAACAAGGAUCGUUGGGUCAGAGUCAAUAGAGCGGCUGUACGAGAGACUGUACUUGAUGUGUCAGACUUGACGCUGAAAUCGCAGUAUGAGUUUAGAGUCAUUGCUGAGAAUAAGGUUGGCCAAGGGAAACCAAGUGACCAUACUAAACCAGUGCUGAUCAAACCACCUUAUGAAACCCCAGAGUCACCCAGCCCUCCAGAGGUAUCCGAUGUCACCAAGACAUCAGCCAUACUCUCAUGGCAGCCCCCAACAUCAGAUGGCGGAAGCAAGAUCACCGGCUACAUCUUGGAGAUGAAAGAGCAGUUCUCCUCUCGUUGGAGCGUUGUUGCCAAGCCGCAAGACGUGGAGCACAAAGUCACCAAGCUCUCUGCAGGCAAGGAGUAUGAGUUUAGAGUCUUGGCUGAGAAUAAGGCUGGAUUGAGCGAACCUAGUAGACCAUCCAAGAGCUUUGUUGCAAAGGACGCCUAUGAUGUGCCUGAUGCGCCUAGUAGGCCAACGGCAGACAACAUUCAAGAGCACUCGGUGACAUUGUCAUGGAAACCACCUACCUCAGACGGAGGGGCCAAAAUUAUGGGCUACAUCGUAGAGAUGAAAGAGGAAUUCAGUUCUAGGUGGACCCAGGUGACCAGAGAACGCAUUUCAGACACUGAGUUUACUGCAACAAAACUGAGAGAGGGUACUGGAUACGUGUUCAGAGUGGCAGCCGAAAACAAGGCUGGAUUGGGUCAACCAAGUGAACCAUCUUCAACGGUCACGCCCAAGAAACCAUAUGGAGUACCGGAUGCCCCACGCAAACCAGACAUUGCCAACUCGACGACCACAUCUGCCUCCAUUUCCUGGUCAGCUCCGUCUGACGGCGGGAGCCCAAUCACCGGUUACAUCAUUGAGAAGCAAGAAGGUGGUAUAGGCCGAUGGUCCAAGUGCAAUCAAUAUGAGGUCAGCGAUACAUCUUUCACUGUACGAGACUUGGCUGAAAGCAGGGAAUAUGAGUUCCGAGUCAGCGCCGUUAACAAGGCUGGAACUGGAGAGCCCAGUGUGCCUUCGGACGUUGUUGUUACAAAACCACCAUAUGUUGCACCAGAUGCACCAAGUGUCCCUGAAGUAACCGACCAAACGACACGCUCCGUCAAUCUCUCAUGGAGCAAACCCAGAGACGAUGGCGGAGAUAAAAUCACAAAUUACAUCAUUGAGAAGAAAGAACCAUUUAGCAUUCGCUGGACCCAAGUGGGGCGUACUCCUGACACAAACUUCAAUGUGACUGGACUGAAAGAAGGGGAGGAGCUACAGUUCAGAGUGACAGCUGAGAAUAAGGCCGGGCUGGGGAAAUCAAGUGACGCAACUGACAAAGUGGUUGUGAGACCACCCUAUGAUGUGCCCGAAGCACCCGGUCAGCCCACUGCUGCCGACAUCAAUUCAACAUCAAUGACAAUCGACUGGACCGCCCCUCGCUCUGAUGGAGGAAGCCCCAUCAUCACUUACAUCAUUGAGACCAAGGAGCAAUUCUCCACCUACUGGAGGAGAGUUAACUCUAAGGAGGUCACAGCGACGUCCUUCGAGGUUUCGUCACUGAAGGAGGGUAACACUUAUGAGUUCAGAGUGAGUGCUGAGAACAAGGCCGGAGCGGGCAAACCAAGCCAGACAUCCCAGGCGUACACUGCAAAGGCACAGUAUGAUGUCCCAAGCCAACCCGGUACUCCCGAUAUUUCCAACGUCCAGUCCACGUCGAUGACAGUGUCUUGGACAGCUCCUUCAACCGACGGAGGCAGCCCGAUCACAGGCUACAUCAUCGAGAGAUGUGACACCAGCACACGGCGAUGGUUCCGCGUCAACAAGUACACAGUGAAAGAUCUCAGCUACACAGUGAGCAACUUACAUGAAGGGAAUGAGUACAUGUACAGAGUCAGUGCUGAGAAUGCUGCAGGAGCAAGUAAACCGAGUGAGGAGUCAGCAGCCAAGAAAGCUAAACCUCCAUAUGACACCCCUGGUGCUCCGUCCAAGCCACGCAUCACCCAAGUAGACAGCACCAGAAUGACCCUUGCCUGGUCACCACCAGACUCAGAUGGCAGAAGUCCAAUCACCAACUACGUCCUGGAACGCAAGGACAAGUUCUCCACCCGAUGGAUGCGAGUUACGCGAGACAGAAUCUCUGAGACGGAGUUCACCGUGGUAGAUCUGAUUGAGGGGACCGAGUAUGAGUUCCGAGUAUCAGCUGAGAAUAAGGCCGGUGUGGGACCACCGAGUGAUGUGUCGGAGAGCAGAGUAGCCAAAUCGCCAUAUGGUGUGCCUGGUGCACCCAGUACUCCAGUCAUAUCAGACGUCACAUCCUCAUCCAUGGUACUCACAUGGGCCGAGCCUCUCUCAGAUGGUGGCAGUCCAAUCCUGACGUACGUCGUUGAGAAGCGCGAUAGGUUCAGCUCCCGCUGGACCCGUGUCAAUAAGUACAACAUCCUAGAGACAACUUUCACUGCUACUGAUCUGAAGGAAGGGGUAGAUUAUGAGUUCAGAGUCAGUGCUGAGAACAAAGCCGGAGUUGGCCAACCGAGCGAACCGUCGAAAGCUGUUAAGGCUAAGCCACCCUAUGAAUCUCCUUCAGCACCCACCAUUCCUAAGGUUACUGACGUAACCCCGGAUUCCAUGACACUCUCUUGGUCCCCACCUUCAACCGACGGUGGCAGUCCCAUCACUGGCUACUUCAUAGAAAAGAAGGAUCGGUUCGGGCUUCGCUGGACCAGAGUCAACCGAGAACCCACACUAGACACUACCUUUAAGGUAUCAGGAUUGAAAGAAGGCGAGGAGUACCAGUUCAGGGUGGUGGCAGAGAACAAGGGAGGCGAAGGAAAGCCAAGUGAGCCUACGGAGCCGAGAGUUGCAAAGGCACCUUAUGAUGUUCCAGGUGCUCCUAGAGCUCCCCAGAUAUCCAAAGUGACCGAAUCAACCAUGACAUUGAGCUGGUCAGAGCCCAGCUCAGAUGGUGGGUCUAUGGUAACCGGUUACCACAUCGAGAGGAAGGAUGCCAGGAGCCUACGCUGGACACUGAUCACCAGGGAACCAGUGGAUGAUCUGACCUAUCGGGUGACAGGUCUGACUGAGGGAACUGACUAUGAGUUCAGAGUGUGUGCUGUGAACAAAGCAGGAGUCGGGGCACCAAGCCCAGCUUCGGACACUACCAGAGCAAAGGCACCUUAUGAUGCUCCUGAUGCUCCAGGUGUCCCUAACCUAUCAGAUAUAACCUCAUCCUCAAUGCGUCUUUCAUGGACCGAGCCCGAAUCAGACGGGGGUAGUCCAAUCACGGGCUACGUCGUAGAGAAACAAGAUCGUUUCAGCACCCAUUGGACCCCUGUCACUAAGCGAGAGGUUCCAGAUACUUCAUUCACAGUGAGCGGUUUGUCAGAAGGGAUGGAGUACGAGUUUAGAGUAGUGGCUCAGAACAAGGCUGGACCUGGGAAAUACAGUGAGGCUACAAGACCAACCGUUGCUAAACCUCCUUAUAAUAUCCCUGGUGCCCCAAGCCAACCAGACGUCACUGACAUCAAUGCCAACUCCAUGAUUCUUCACUGGUCUCCUCCCACAUCAGAUGGUGGCAGCCCCAUCACAGGCUACAUCGUUGAACGUCGGGACACCAGCAAGAUGAGUUGGAGCGUCGUCAACAGAGUCCCGAUCACGGAUACCUCGUUUACAGUGUCCAACCUCAGGGAGGGGUCAGAGUAUGAGUUCAGGAUCAUAGCGGAGAAUAAGGCAGGCACUGGGAAGCCAGGUACAGCAUCGCCAGCUCAACUUGCUAAGGCUCCUUAUGAUGCACCAGAUGCUCCAGGCGUGCCACAGACCUCCAACAUCAAUUCCACCUCCAUGGUCCUAUCAUGGUCUCCGCCCCUCUCUGAUAACGGCAGUCCCAUCACCAGCUACAUCAUUGAGAUGAGACAAGACUUUGCAACACGAUGGACGAAGGUGAAUACGUCCAUCUUUGAGACCACUCACACGGUCACUCGCCUCUCGGAGGGAAGCAAGUACGUCUUUAGAGUGGCAGCUGAGAAUAAGGCAGGAGUUGGGAAGUUUAGUGAGCCGUCAGAGCAAGCUGUUGCCAAACCCCCUUAUGAUGUUCCCGGCUCCCCUGAUGCGCCCGACGUAUCUGACAUCACAGCUAACAGCGCCCUCUUGAGUUGGUCAGCCCCCAGCAAUGAUGGUGGAGCUGAAGUUACAGGUUAUGUCAUUGAGAGGAAAGAUAAGUUUGCGACUCGUUGGACAAAGCUUGAUGAGGUAAAUGCUGAUGCAACUUCCCAUCCUGUACGUGGCCUGUCUGAAGGCAAUGACUACGAGUUCCGUAUCUGUGCAGUCAACAAGGCUGGGGUCGGUAAACCAAGCGACCAAUGUAACCGGUUCACUGCAAAGGCUCCCUAUGAUGUUCCAGAUGCGCCAAGCUCUCCCACCAUCCUAGAAUCCACAGAGUCAUCAAUGACCCUGUCCUGGACCGCGCCCGUUAGCGAUGGAGGAAGCCCAAUCACAGGCUACAUCAUCGAGAGACACGACCUCAGCACCAGUCGCUGGGUCAAGACGCACAGAGAGGCGGUCAGAGACACCACCUACACUGUCCGAGAUUUGACUGAAGACAAAAAGUAUGAGUUUAGAGUCAGUGCUGAGAACAAGGCCGGUGUUGGCAGAGCUAGCGAACCAUCGGCUGCUCGAGUGGCAAGAGCUCCAUACGACGUUCCUGAAGCCCCAGGUAAACCUGAGGUCACCAAAGCCGACACUACAGAAAUGACUGUCAUUUGGACUCCUCCACUCUCUGAUGGGGGUAACAAGAUCAUCGGUUACACCAUCGAGAGGAAAGAACGCUUCGGCACACGUUGGCAGAAAAUAAACCGGUUCACAGUUACAGAGACCACCUUCAGAGCCACAGAACUCAAGUUCGGAAAUGAGUAUGAGUUCCGAGUGAGCGCUGAGAACCGGGCAGGCGUUGGGAAACCGAGUGAAGCAUCUGAGCCAUCCACUGCCAAGCCUCCAUACAAUGUCCCAGACUCUCCAGAAGAUGUCACUGUGAAGGAAACCACUUCUAACUCUGCUACAUUGACGUGGAGCCCACCUGGAUCCGAUGGAGGAGCAGUAAUCACAGGCUACAUCAUUGAAAAGAAGGAACAGUACAGCACACGCUGGUCAAGAGUUAACCGUUACUCGGUGACAGAAACUGAGAUGGCCGUGCCCGACUUGAAGGAAGGACUCGAGUAUGAGUUCAGAGUGUACGCUGAGAAUAAGGCUGGUGUAGGAAAGGCGAGCGAACCCACAAGGCCAACUGUAAUCAGACCUCCAUUUGGAGUGCCUGGUGUUCCCACCUCCCCGACAGUCACAGAUGUCACUGGUAACUCCAUGACACUCUCCUGGUCGCCUCCGUCCUCCGACGGUGGUAGUCCAAUCACAGGCUACAUCAUUGAGAAGCAGGAGCCAUUCAGCACUCGCUGGACGCAGGUCGACAAGUUCACUGGAACUUCUGGAACCAUCGGAGGCCUACGUGAAGGGAAUGAGUACCAGUUCCGUGUGAUCGCCAUCAAUAAAGCUGGCAAUGGAAAGCCGAGCUCAGCUAGUAAACCAACAGUUGCCAAACCGCCCUACGAUGUUCCCGGCCCACCCGGUGCGCCAACCAUCACCGACGUCACAGCCACUUCCAUGCAUUUGGAGUGGUCUCCUCCUCAGUCCGACGGAGGCUCCAGCGUCAUCGGUUACGUCAUCCAGAAGAAAGAGAAGCUAGCCUUACGGUGGGUACCAGUGAAUCAGUUAAGCAUCAAAGAGACAUCUUACACAGUACGUGAUCUGGUGGAGAAGUCUGAGUACCAGUUUAGGAUCUUGGCUGAGAAUAAGGCUGGAUUCGGAGAACCAAGUGACUCUUCGCAGACUAGGAUGGCAAAGCCGCCCUAUGAUACUCCUGACAAGCCUGCCGCACCUAUCGUCACCGACACCUCAAGGUCCUCGGUCUCACUCUCAUGGUCCCCUCCACUCUCAGAUGGAGGGAGUAAGAUCACCAGCUACCACCUCGAGAAGCGAGAAGCAUUUGGCUUCAAAUGGAGCCGAGUCACCUCUCACUCGAGCCACGAACUUGAGUACACAGUGACCAGUUUGCGAGAGGGUAGUCAGUAUGAGUUUAGAGUGAGCGCUGAGAAUAAGGCCGGAGUGGGACCGCCGAGCGAGCCCUGUAAACCAGUGUUUGCCAAGGCUCCAUAUGACGCACCUGGUGCCCCAGGUUCUCCCGAGAUCUCAGAUGUGACUAGAACGACACUCAACCUCUCUUGGACUCCACCGAGUAGCGAUGGAGGUAACCCGAUCACCGGUUACAUCAUUGAGCGUUCCGAUCGCUAUACCUCACGCUGGACCCCGAUCACCAAGGAACCAAUCUCCGGUUGCACUUUUGUCGUGAGAGAUAUUCCGGAGGGUGCUGCGUAUCAGUACAGAGUGUGCGCCGUCAACGAAGCUGGACCGGGCAAGCCUAGCGGUGCUACCGAUACUAAGGGUGUCGCUGUACCUCCAAAGCUUGAUCUGAACAAAUACCGUGAGACACUGACCGUCCGCGCCGGUACCACAUUCCAUCUGGACGUGCCCUACAAAGCCAAGCCAAAACCAACGGUCAAAUGGGACAAAGAUGGCGUGACACUGGUGUCCUCUACAAGGGUUAAGAUUGAGACCACAGAUCGUGAGACCGUCUUGACUGCCAAGAACUGCGUAAAGGCAGACGAAGGAGCGUACAAACUCACUGUUAGCAAUUCGGCUGGAAGCGAGACCGCAAUGAUUCGUGUGCAAGUUCUUGAUCGUCCAGGCCCACCUCGCGGUCCAAUAGAAACAUGUGACAUGGACAAGACCUGUAUAACACUCUCCUGGAAUCCGUCGUCGGAAGACGGAGGGAGCAGAAUCACUCACUACGUCGUAGAGAAACGAGACACCAAGAGAUCCUCCUGGGCUCGUGUGACACAACGCAUCAGCGACACCACCUGCACGAUCACCAAUCUGAUCGAGCGUACCGAGUAUGCGUUCAGGAUAAUCGCUGUGAAUAAGAUCGGUGAGAGUGAGCCACUGGAAGGGACUGAGUCCAUCUUGAUCAAGAGUAAAUAUGAUGUUCCUGGACCACCUAGCACACCUCAGAUCACUGACACAACAUCAGACUCGGUCAGUCUCUCAUGGCUACCGCCGUCAUUCAAUGGUGGCGCUGAAAUAACAGGUUAUGUCAUCGAGAAGAAAGAUCGCACCAGUGUCUACUGGAGCAAGGUGGCAGUAAUCGGAGCGGAUGAGACAUCCUGCAGAGUGACUAGGCUCACCCGUGGAGGGGAGUACGAGUUCAGGAUCGUUGCCGAGAACAGAAUGGGUUUGGGAACUCCCAGCGAGCCAACUGUGAGAGUGAAGGCCCAGGAAGCAUCGGUCUUGCCCAAACUUGGAGAAAUCACGGAGCCAAUAACAGCAAAGGUUGGCACCACUAUCAAAGCAGUUGUACCCUACACUGGCUUUCCCAUCCCGAGGACAACUUGGACAAGAGAGGGCGCUUCUUUACCCUCGUCCCACCGGAUGAAGGUUGAGACGAGCGACCGAGCCGUCACAAUGAUCAUCAAGAACUGUGAGAGGUCCGACGCCGGUAACUACACCGUGGUAGUCAAAAACGACGCCGGAAGCGACUCCGCAAGCAUUCAGAUAAAGAUCUUUGACAAACCUGGCCCGCCUCGUGGCCCCUUGGAGCAAACAGACGUGACAGAGAAUGCCGUCACACUAUCCUGGCGCCCGCCGCAGGAGGAUGGAGGUAGCCGCAUCUUUAAUUACAUCGUGGAGAAGCAGGGAGAGCUUGACUUCAAGUGGAAGCCUGUGACUGAUAAGAACAUCACUGAUCUGACGUACAGAGUGACUGGACUGAAGGAAUACAAGCGUUAUCAGUUCAGGGUUACCGCGCAGAAUCAGUUCGGUAUCAGCGAACCUCUAGAGGGCCAGGAUAUCACACCAAAAGGGCAAUAUGUUGUCCCGGAUGCCCCCGAUGCCCCAGAUGUGUCGAACAUUACCGUUGACUCAAUGUCUCUAUCAUGGAGUCCUCCACUUCAUGAUGGCGGGGCACCGGUCAGUGGCUAUGUUGUAGAAAUGAGACAGACUACCAGUCCUCGAUGGGUUAAAGCAACCCUCACACCUACUCCAGAUACCACGUUUAAGGUUGGAAGACUGCUGCGUGGGGCAGAGUAUGAGUUCAGAGUCUCGGCAGUGAACCGGGCAGGAACUGGUAACCCCAGUGAGCCAUCGCACAGUGCCAUCGCUGAAAACCCACCAGUACCUCCCAAAUUGGAAUUGGAUCUGAAGUAUCAGCGAGUGAUCACAGUGAGGGCUGGUACCUCCUUCCGUGUCGAGGUACCUUACAAAGGCACUCCAGUACCAACCAUCAAAUGGACACACAACACCAACGUCGUCGAUAGAUCCCUCAGGAUCAGCAUUGAGACCAAUGAGUUUGGCUCCGUCCUGAAUAACAGAAACUCUGAACGAGGAGACAGCGGUGGUUAUGUCAUCACAGCGACCAAUAAAUCGGGAGAAGCAUCUGCGACGGUCACGGUCAAAGUCGUCGACAGGCCUUCCCCGCCUGAAGGACCUCUGCAGGUUGUUCGUCUCGGCAGCAAUGACGUCACGCUCUCCUGGAGCCCUCCCUCUGACGAUGGAGGCAGCCAGAUCAUCGGUUACAUCCUGGAGAAGCGCGAGACAAGCAUGCGAGCAUGGACCAAGGUGUCGGCCGCGUUGACAGAGACCAUGCACAGGGUGUCUGGCCUGACGGAGGAGAGCGAGUACCAGUUCCGUGUUCGAGCUGAGAAUAAAUCUGGUGUCAGCGAACCUCUGGAAGGAGAGAAGGUUAUUCCCAAAGGAGAUUACGAAGUUCCUGGCCAGCCCGGACCCCUGUCCGUGUCCAACAUCCACGCCGAUUCCGUCUCUCUCACCUGGUCCACUCCAUCAAGCGAUGGCGGUGCACCGAUCAUUGGCUACAUCAUUGAGAAGCGAGACAAAUCUAGUACAUGGAGUCGAGUCAAUAUGGCCCCCGUCACCGACACGACCUACAAGGUACCUAGGCUCAUCCAGGGUACUGAGUAUGAGUUCAGAGUGAGCGCCGUCAACAAGGCUGGGGUCGGAGAAGCUGCUGCGACACCAAGACCUGUAUUGGUUGAACGCCCAGCAGCUGCCCCUAAACUUGAGCUUGGCAACAUGUAUCGAGACACUGUGACCAUGCGUGCAGGGUCCAUCCUGCAUCUAGACAUACCCUGCCGAGGCAAGCCCACACCCACCGUCACCUGGACCCGGGAUGGGUCAGACUUGGUGACCGAUGCCAUGAGAGUCCGUACGACUACGUCCGACUUCAGCACCGGUCUGACCGUUAAGAAUAUCGAGAAGGGAGAUGGAGGAGUGUAUGUUGUAACGGCAACCAACAAAGCUGGCUCUGAUAGUGCAACCAUCAGAGUGUCUGUUCUUGACAAGCCAAGCCCACCUGAGGGCCCCCUCAACAUGAGCGACAUCACCAAGGACUCUGUCACACUGUCCUGGCAACCACCCAUCGACAACGGAGGCAGUCCCAUCACCAACUACAUCCUGGAGAAACGUGAGGCUGAUCACCGCCUGACGUGGUCCCGUGUGUCGGGAUCGGUCAGAGGCAUCCGCUACACGGUGACUGGCUUGAUAGAUGGCAAGAGCUAUAUGUUCAGAGUCCGAGCAGAGAACAAGUACGGACAGAGUGAGCCGCUGGACAGCACUGAUGCAGUGCUCGUUAAGAGUCCAUUCGAUGUUCCUGAAGCACCAGGUACCCCUGAAGUCUCGGGCAUCACAGAUACCUCCAUGACAAUCUCCUGGAGACCUCCUCGCAGCGACGGAGGCUCAGAGAUCACCGGCUACAUCCUAGAGAUGAAAGAGACCUCCGGCAUCCGCUGGAUGCGAGCCACCAGGAAGGUCCUGAAGGAGUCUAACUUCACAGUGAGCAGUCUCAUCAAGGGUAGAGAGUAUGAGUUCCAAGUAGCCGCUGAGAAUGAAGCAGGCAUCGGCCCCAUGAGCAGACCCUCUACUUCUGCUGCUGCCAAGACCCCAAUAGAAAUGGCUGAAUUCACAGAGCCCUUAACGGACAUCUCCUCCAAAGUGGGCAAGACAGUGACUCUAGAGUGCCGGAUCUCCAAUGCCAAGGCAGAGGUAAAAUGGUUCAUGAAUGGAGUGCAGAUCUUUGCCAUUGACAGACACAGCAUCAUCAGGGAAGGUCAACGCAGAGCUCUGGUCAUCCGAGAUGUGGGACCCAGAGAUAUCGGGAAGUACUCCUGCCGAUGCGGAGAUACCUACACAGAAGCAAUGGUCAAGGUCAAAUCUGAACCCAAGAUUGACCUGUCGGCCUUCAAGGAUGUGAUCACAGUGCGAGCCGGCAACCUCCUCCGCCUCUACGUACCCUUCACAGGAUGCCCUACCCCGACCGCCGAGUGGUAUCGUCACGACCGACGCAUCAGUGAAGACACUCGUACCAAGAUCGAGAAGCAGGAGACGAGGACGGAGUUGGUGAUUAAGAGCACCAUUCGAUCGGACACUGGACAGUACUCACUGACCGUCAGUAACGAAGCCGGCAAGCACACCGCUAACAUCCAUGUCAUCGUGGUCGAUGUUCCCGGCCCACCCACUGGACCUCUUGAGAUCUCUGACAUCGGUCGCUUCUCAGUCAACCUCUCCUGGUCACCGCCAAAGGAAGAUGGUGGCUCCAAGAUUGAAUACUACACCAUUGAAAAACGGGAGAAGGGACGCAAGCUGUGGAUGGUUGUCACUACAUACGCUACGUCAACAUCCUACAGUGUGGAAGGACUGAGUGAGAACAUGGAGUAUGAGUUCCGAGUCAGUGCUGAGAACAUCAACGGUGUUGGAAGCCCUCUGGAAGGGAAAGAAGCAGUCAUUUGCAAGAGCCUAUAUUCCGUUCCGAGUGCCCCAGGUAAACCCGAAGUCCAUAACAUCUUCCGGGAUCACAUGACCCUGACGUGGACGGAGCCGCAGCAUAACGGCGGCCGGCCAAUCACAGGCUACAUCAUCGAGAAACGUGAGAACUUCGGACUGCUAUGGACGCGAGACAACAAGGAACCGGUGACGGAUACAACCUACUCAAUAAAGGGACUGAUUGAAGGGUACCAGUAUGAGUUCCGAGUGAUUGCUCAGAACCAGAUCGGGUUGGGCAAGCCAAGUGAACCCACUCAUCCACCUAGGGUCGCCAAGGAUCCUGCCAGACGACCUUCCCCUCCCGGUAUUCCCACAAUCAAAGAUGUCACCGCUACAUCCGUCCAGCUCAACUGGACCGUACCAUACUCCGAUGGUGGUCAGCCAAUCAUGCACUACACAGUGGAGCGUAGGAUCAAGGGACAACACGAUUGGACGGAUAAGGCGUCCGUCCCCAGCAACUCCUGCUUGGUGGGCAACUUGGUCAAAGACACUGAGUAUGUGUUCAGGGUGUGUGCGGUGAACUCUGCCGGGAUGGAGAGCGACCCCAGUAAGGUGUCUGAAGGGUUCGUCGCAAGAGAUGUACUCCCUGGAGUUGCACCAACAUUCACCCAAGAACCCCAGAGCAUACUAGCCACUGACAAAACCAGGGCAGACUUCACUUGUAGAGUGACCGGCACACCAGCCCCACAAGUAGUAUGGGUGCGUAAGGGACACGAAUUGUUCACAGGCCGCAAGUACAACAUAACCGUUGACAAGGAUGGUUUGCAUCGACUCAGCAUUCUUGAGGCAAGAGAGACCGACAGUGGCAUGUACACAGCCGUAGCGCAGAAUGAGAACGGCAAGGUCCGCGCAUCCGUUGAGUUACACAUCAAAUCACUCCCAUCACUAGACCUGGAUCGGCGCAUGAGAGAAAUCACCAUCAAAGCUGGCAACAGUCUCCACAUCCAUAUCCCCUUCACCGGCACCCCGAAACCAGUCCUCAGGUGGAAGAAGGAAGAUGGAGACGAGGAGAUUACUACGAAGGGACGAUUCCGGGUAGACACCUCUGGAGGAGAAGCUGAUCUGACCAUCAGAGAGACGGAGAGGGAGGACAGCGGUAUCUACAUCCUGGAGGCAGAGAACGAGUUUGGAGUGCAGAAAGUUUCCGCUAAAGUCAAGGUCGUUGACAAACCAGGGCCACCCCUUGGUCCAGUCGUCACGGCGGAGGUUACUAAGAAGUCCAUCACUCUCUCCUGGAAGCCACCAGCUGACGACGGAGGAAGUCCAAUACUACGCUACAUCAUUGAGAUGAGAGAACCCAACAGGACCAUUUGGCAGAAUGCUGGCUCAGUAACAUCAAGCACUGAGCACACAGUCGGAGCACUCAUUGAAGGGACUUCAUACGUGUUCCGUAUCUCAGCAGAGAAUCAGCAUGGUGCCAGCGAACCUCUGAUUGGGCAAGAAUCAGUCAGAGCCAAGGCUCCAUACGAUGUUCCCACAGCCCCAGGGAAGCCAACCAUAUCCGAGAUCCAACGUAGCUCAGUCUUCCUGUCAUGGCAACCACCAAAGUCUGACGGAAACAGCCCGAUCACCGGCUACAUCAUUGAGAAGCGUGAGACCACCAGCACACGCUGGUUCCGUGCCAACCGGGAAGACGUAUCCGGAACUAACCACACAGUGAUCAAUCUGAUUGAAGACUCUGAGUAUGAGUUCCGUGUGCUUGCUGAGAAUAAGGCUGGAUUCAGUCCGGCUAGUGAAGCAUCGCAGAGAGUGGUCGUAAAGGACCCCAGAGGCUCAAUACCAGCCACCUUUGUACGUGAGCCAAAGUCCAUCGCAGUGACCCAAGGUAGGGCUGGUACCCUAGAGUGUGAAGUCGCCGGGUACCCGACCCCACAGGUCCACUGGUACCGUCUAGGACGUGAGCUUCUCGACAGCAGGAAGUACAAAGUCAGAUCCACUGGUAACAUUCACACGUUGACCAUCAGUGAUGUGUAUGAUGAGGAUACUGGGGAUAUCACUGUCAAGGUUAUGAACAAAGGAGGUUCACAAACAGAGAAGGCCAGCGUCAAACUACAAGUCGCUCCUAAAGUCAACGUCCCGCCACGUCUCCGCGUCCCUCUGGACUGUCUCCAGGGAGAGAACCUAAAGCUAAGGAUUGCCUACACAGGCACACCGCUACCCACCAUCACCUGGGACCGAGAUGGCGUGGACGUCGUGCCGCGCACUGAUCUGGACAUCAAGACUACGGACAAGGAGACUACUCUGUCCAUUAAUAAGAUCAGUAAGGAGGAUGCUGGCAAGUAUACGAUCGUCGCUACCAAUGAGCUCGGACACGAGUCUGCGAGUAUUGUCAUCAACAUCUUGAGACAUCCUGAUCCUCCUCGAAAUCUUGAGGUCUUAGACGUGACUUCUGACACGGUCCGUCUCUCCUGGCAACCGCCUCUCCACGAUGGAGGCAGCACAAUCACCAGUUACGUCGUGGAGAAACGAGACGGCAAAUCCGAGGCAUGGGCUCGCUGCGUCACCAGUCGCAACUGCUUCCACACGAUUGUUGGACUAAAACCAGAGGCGGACUACCAGUUCCGAGUGACAGCAAUGAACUCAUACGGUGCAAGCGAACCAUGCGAGGCAUCGGCCAUCAUAGCGACAAAACCGGCGACUCACACUCGACCAGAGCUGGAAGACUAUGAAGCCAAGAGACGUUACUACGAUUCCCUGGUUGACAUGAGCUGGAUACCCUCUAGAUAUGACUACAUCAAGAGAUUUGGAUCCAUCUACGACUACUAUAACAUCUAUGAAGAGCUUGGCAGAGGAUCAUACGGUGUGGUCUACAGAGCAGUGGAGAAGAAGACGGGCAAAUCAUUUGCCGCCAAGUUCCUCCGUUGCCAGGGCGUGGAGCGAGACGUUGUCAAGCGGGAGAUCAAGAUCAUGGAGCAUCUCCAUCACCGAUCGUUGCUUUCUCUUCAUGAGAUCUUUGAGAAUGAUGAAGAGAUCGUUAUGGUUCUAGAGUUCUUGUCUGGUGGUGAACUAUUCGAUCGUCUUGUCGAUGAGAGUCACAUUCUUACUGAGCCUGAGGUGGUGGAUUACGUCAAGCAAGUGUGCGAAGGAAUACGCCACAUGCACGAAAAACACAUCCUUCAUCUCGACCUCAAGCCGGAGAACAUCAUGCUACGAACACGAACAGGCAACGACGUCAAGGUCAUUGACUUUGGCCUGGCCCGAGAGCUUGACCCCCAUGAACAAGUACGAGUCAUGUUUGGCACACCCGAGUUUGUCGCUCCAGAGGUCGUGAACUUCGAACCGAUUGGAUUACCAUCAGACAUGUGGUCAAUGGGAGUGCUUGCAUACGUCAUGUUGAGUGGCAUCUCCCCAUUCAUGGAAGAGUCUGAUCUUGACAUUCUCAAGGCAGUCUCUAAGGGUGAAUGGGACUUUGACGAGGAAGCCUUCGCUGACGUCUCCGAUGAAGGACUGGACUGGAUUGAGAAGAUUCUUAUCAAGGAUAAAAACAAACGAAUGACAAUACAAGAGGCACUUGCUCAUCCCUGGCUCAAUAUGGAUACAGAUACACUGGCUAGGAGACGCGCUCGACGACUCAACACCAAACGUCUCAGGAAACUACACGAGAAACGCAAACCAGAGGGAGCUGGAGAAACUAUCAAUGCACUUGGACGCUUGGCACAUGGUGGCGCUCUUCGUGAAAUCCACAAGGUGUACCGUGGAAUGCCCCUCCAAGAGAGGGUUGUGUACAUGGAUGUCCGAGAUGCUGCUCCUAAGUUUGUCAUCCCGUUGGAGACGACCACCGCAAUAGAGGGCAACGCGGCACGCUUUGAGUGUGAGGUCUCGGCUCUUACCGAGCCCCUCAUCACCUGGUACAAGGGAAGAACACCCCUCCAGAUUGGAAUCAAGUACAAGAUGCUGUAUGACGACCAUAAGUACACACUGGUUAUUCAGGACACUAACAUUGAUGACGUAGGGGAGUAUACGUGCAAGGCGGAGAACUCAUAUGGAUCAGCAACAUCUGCAGCAGCCCUGGACAUCGAAUUGCUUGAUGAGAAGGAGUUGGAGAAACGUGGAGAGAGGCGAACCCUCGAGAUGAAGAGACAGAAGAUACCACUUGGUGAGCGUGCUCGUCGUCUGCGUGCCAUGCAGGCCGAGAUGAGUGCUGACCAGCCACCACAGUUUGUCAAAUCACUUCAGGACAAGGAAUGUGGACUUGGGUUCAUUCUACCACUCUCAUUUGAAGUGACGGUCCCACCAGUACCAACUCAAGUGGUAUGGUACUGCAAUGGCAAACAGAUCAAGGAAGGUCCUCGCUACAAGUUUUAUGUGGAUAACGGCACCUACACCUUGGAGAUACAGGAAACUACAGGUGAUGAUUUGGGAGAAUUCACGGCGGAGGUUACCAAUCAGACUGGUACAUCUAUCACAAAAUGCAGAGUGGCGGUCGACGAGAAUUUCAUGGACAAGUAUGCAGGUUACGUGAGACCACGAUUCGUACAGCGUCUGCGAGAUAUGUCCAUCGUUGAGGGCAGCGCAGCCAGGCUGGAAUGUAAAGUCACUGGGAUGCCUGAUCCUGAAAUCAGAUGGUUCAAGGAUCACAAGGAGAUUGAAGAUGGCACCCAUUACUCCAUCGAGUUCGACGAUGAAGACACUUGCACCCUCAUCCUUCAAGACACCUUCUUGACUGACGCUGGAACCUAUACCUGCCAAGCCUCCAAUCUGCUGGGACGCAUCUCUUGUGAUUCACACAUCGGCGUCGAACGUUGUGGAGCUGAAAGUGAGCACGAACUUUCCAGGGAAUCAAGUCUAGAAGAUCUGACUGCUCUAAAGAUAGAGAAACCUCGUCGUCAAGUCAACUGUGCGCCUUUCUUCAGUCUGCCUCUCCGUCGCAAGACAGUGGCAGAAGCCGACAGUGCCCGCCUCACAUGCGCCGUUCAGGGUCUCCCCGCGCCAAAGGUGGCGUGGACCAAAAACGGCAGCCCAAUAUACGAUGGAUUCUACUACAACAUCACAAAUAGGUGGGGUGUAUGCAUCUUGGAAGUGAGGACUGCUAGAUUGAGCGAUACAGGGACGUACAGAUGUACAGCUACCAGCGAAGAGGGUCAGGACAGUUCAGCUUGUGAGCUUGUUGUGGAAGAGAGAAUGGAACCAGAUGAGACAUUUGACUACAUCCGACCAUCCUUCCAUAAACCAGUGCGUGGUAAACGUAUCCGAGAUGGUCGCACAGCUCGUCUUGAGAUCCAAGUGUUUGGCUACCCAGAGCCUCAGAUUGUUUGGUACAAAGACAAUGUACGCAUUGAUGAGAAUGAGCAUAUCUCAAUUGAGAAAUUGCCAGGAGGUGCACAGACUCUUGUUAUUAUGGAUGUGACUCCUACAGAUGCUGGAAGGUACAAGGCAGCUGCCAGCUCACCCGCUGGGAAGGCGUCCUGUGCUGCAGAUCUUGUUAUCCUAGAAGUUGAAGCUGAUGUUGAAUCUGACGAUGAUGGAGAAGUAGGUCGGGGAAGAGGUAGACGACGAACUCGACAGAAACCCCAGAUGGAUAUCAAGGAGCCUAAGCCUCACCGUAAGCCUCGCAAGGUCCGCCCAGUACCUGAAACAUUUGAAGAAAGAAGAACAAGAAGAAUUCAACAGCGGAUCGAAAGCCCUGUGGAAAGACCAUCAUCUCUUCCAAUCAGGAGGCGUAGGCGUUCCCACAGCCCAUCCUACAUGCCUGCCUUUGGACCCCCACCAAUGUCUCCAUCUCUUCACAGAAAGCCGAUUGCGGGAUACAAACCCAUACCAAGAUCACCUACACCCCUAAGAGCACAGUCAGUACCAGCUUAUGCAGCUGCACCUGCACCUGCUUUCAAGCGGUCAUUCUCUCUUCCAAGGGAGGAGGACGGCUCAGGCCCACUCUACAUCCCUCAUUAUGAGGUUCACAAGAAGGACUAUAGGGGAGACUAUAAAUGUCCCACCCCAUCCUACAUACCUCAUCCUGCUGUGCCUGGAUCGGCCGUCCCUCAAACACCAACACAUGAUGACCGCUACUUUGCGGCAGUGUUUGAGGAUUACGUCAGCACUUCCGAGUAUGACUACCCGCUGACCAGUCCAAUGAGAACCAGGACACCAUCUUUCCCACGCUCGAGAACACCAAGUGCUUCUCGAACGAGAAGCAUAACUCCAUCUAGAAGACGAAGAACCACAUCAGCAUCAUCUGAUUACGAUGACUACUAUGGAAGAAGGUACAGCCACGACAGCCAAAGGAGAGGUCGAAGCACUACACCAACGUCAGCUGUUCGUUUCACACCAUCUGGUCCCGAUUAUGAAAGUUACAUGAAGCAUGUGAAAUCACUCAAGAUGAGAGCAAGCUCUGUUCCAGUGAGAGAUCUUCCAGAAAGAUUCACACCAUCCGUGUUUGAGGAUGAUGACAGAGUACGUCCAACUCCUAGACGACGUCCUGAACCGAUGAGAGCUAAAUCAGUACCACCUAAGGAAGGACCUCCUGUUAAGCUCUCUCAAGCAGGCCGAUACCAUUUACCAUCCUUGAGGGAGUUUCUGGGUAACAGACCUAAUCCGUUUAUGCCCAGAGCAAAAACCCACACUUCACCACCUCCACCGAGUAGGACAUCAAGUACAUCCGAGUAUGAAGAGAGAGAACGCUCAAGAAAAACUCGCUUUGACUCACAGAGCUCAACAAGCUCCUACAGGGAUAGGUCUACUACUCCAUCGUCCAAAUAUGGUAGAGACCGUGAUUAUCACUUUGAGAGACCGACUUCCCGAGAUGCAACACCAGUGAGUUUUAGAGAAAGGUCCCAAUCGCCGAGUGUGACAGCUCCUCCAAAGCGAGCCCACACCGCUCUGACUGCUUCAGAUUAUGAACAAGCAUUCAGGCGAGCUGUCUCACCAGGUGUUCAUGCAAUGAUCUCUGAUGAUGGUGCGGGACGCAAGAGCUCUUAUGACUCGCCCAAACCAACCGUCAAGAGACCAGAAGCACGGAAGCGUGCAACACCAACCUUUACCGACUCUGAGCACAGGAGGAGAGACAUGAGGCUAUUAUCAGUAGAAUCAGCUGAAUCCUAUGAUUCAAGGUCAGCCUCACCAAGACGACCUGUGACACCCAUUGCUACUGAUUCUGAGCGAACACCAAGGGAAGUCAAAAUCAUCGAGAGGAUGGCAUCUUAUGACUUAAACAGAGAGAGAUCUAUGUCCCCUGCUACAAGGUACAGUGUAACCCCAUCUCAUGAGCACAGACCAAGAGAUGUUCAUCGAUCAUCUUUAAGACAAACAUCUGCUUCUCCAACUGUGAGAGCUGGUCCAGGGCGAAGUGUAACACCCUCGUCGUAUGAGGUGAAGCAAAGAGAAUAUCGUCUCUCAUCAUCAGAGAGAGAGUCCUUUGAAUCCCACAGACCCCGCCCGGUCUCGCCUAAAAUACCAUCUCAUCAGAAGAGAAGCACAACAUCCACAUCAUCAGAUAGAACCUCCCGGCUGUCUGUUGACUCAGUUGAGUCAUACGGACCAAGGUCUGCCUCACCUCUCUUCGGUCGACCAGUCACACCAGUUGCAACUGAUUCUCUACGGACACCCAGAGAAAUCAAAAUCAUUGAGAGAAUGGCAUCGCCAGGUAUUGUUCCUGCUACUAGACGCAGUGUGACACCAUCUUAUGAACGCAGCAGGAAAGACAUUUAUAGCUCAACCAGCAGGACGACAUCUGCUUCACCUGUUAGGGGUGCAAGCCAAUAUCAAAGCACGACGCCUACAUCCUCUGAUGUCCACCAUAGAGACUACCGCUUAUCAUCAUCAGAGAGAGAAUCUUUUGAUUCCCACAGACCCCGCCCUGUCUCACCUAAAAUGCCAUCUCAUCAGAAGAGAAGCACAACAUCCACAUCGUCAGAUAGAGCCUCCCGGCUGUCUGUUGACUCAAUUGAGUCAUACGGACCGAGGUCUGCCUCACCUCUCUUCGGUCGUCCAGUCACACCAGUUGCAACUGAUUCUCUACGGACACCCAGAGAAAUCAAAAUCAUUGAGAGAAUGGCAUCGCCAGGUAUUGUUCCUGCUACUAGACGCAGUGUGACACCAUCUUAUGAACGCAGCAGGAAAGACAUUUAUAGCUCAACCAGCAGGACGACAUCUGCUUCACCCGUUAGGGGUGUAAGCCAAUAUCGAAGCACGACACCAACAUCCUCCGAUGUCCACUACCGCUUAUCAUCCUCAGAGAGAGAAUCUUUUGAAACACGUAGGUCACGACCUCGUACACCAAAAGUGAUCUCUCCUCCAAGACGGACAACUCCAACAUUCUCUGAUGAUGAGCGUAAAUCUCGUGACCAGCGCUUUUUGUCAACAGAUUCAGUGGAGUCAUACAAAACACGUUCUGCCUCACCACUGCGUGGACGUCCUGUCACCCCAGUUGGAACAGACUCAAUGCGUACACCGAGAGAGAUUAGUAUCAUAUCCAGGUUGUCAUCUUACGAUUCAUCUACAGAAAGAUCUGCUUCACCCACUGUAGCUAUGUCUCAGAAGCAUAGCAUGAGUGAAACCCAGAGAUCAAGCCUACGAGCGUCCACCGCUUCCCCUCGACCCACGUCCCCAAGAGUACCUUCAUAUCGUGAGAGAAGUCACACACCAUCACUUUCCGAAUGGAAACAAUCUCACAGGGAUCUGCUGGCAGCUAAAAGAGACCAACGCGAAUCACGUGACACACUGGCUCCUAGGCCUGACUCCUCAUUUCCUGAGCGUCCUGUAACUCCAGUUGCCACUGAUUCUCUAAGGACAGUAAGAGAAAUAAAAAUCAUUGAUAGAAUGUCAACAAGAGACAGGUCUGUAUCACCAAGUGUGAGUUCUCUUUCAAGGCCAUCAUACUAUUCCUCAGACCGAGGGCAAAGGGACUACGGAUUGUCAUCAAGACCCGAACGCAAAGACUACCAGUCAUCUUCCUACACCUCUUCUGCCAGGUCACACGACAGAUAUGAACCUCGACCUUCCUACAGGCAGAGGUCACCAUCCCCACAGCUUGGUUCGUCACUUAGGAGAUCGGUUUCACCCAAAGCAGAACGAAUGGCAUCACCCAUCUAUUCAAGGAAGUCAAGACCAGAAUCUAGUCGCACAAGAACCCCAACCUCAUUGGACUUUGAAGACAGAGAAAUGCACUCAUCAACAACAAGAAAGACGUACCGUGACAGCUAUGAGCCGAGUCGCACUUCAAGACAAAGAUCCCCAUCACCACAAGUGAUAACCUCAGAUUAUGAUCUGGAUUAUUCUUCAUCAAAGAGAUAUGACACCGAUAUAUCCUUUUCAUCAACAUCCACUAAGUCAAGGCUUUCACCAACUAUGACUUCUGAUAGGUAUGGUAUGAGUUAUGAUUCAGUCUCCAAGACAUCAUCAAAGAAGAGCUCCAAACCUGGUGCUUUUGCCCCGAUAGACACAGGCAAGUCACUCUCCUUACCACGAGGAGAUCUACCAUUCAAACUUGACGCUGAUCUGAUGGAGGAAUCAGGAUCUGAUCACUCCAGUCCAGCUCCCUUCAUCCCGCUGGCAGACGAGAGAGAGGAAGAGGUUAUCCUCAAGGAGACGAAAGAAGAGACACAGGAGAAAGGUGUCGAAGAGGCCCAGCUUCCAGAGCCUGUCAAACUCUCCAAGGAAGAAGCACAGCUAGAAGAGAAAGAGAAAGACAUCGAAGAGGAGAAAGAUGAGGACAGCGUAGAGGAUCAUUCAGAGAUCUUGACCGGCAAAACAAAAGAAUCAAUGAUUGAGACAGAACAGAAGAUUGACGACACUGAAGGCGAGGGACCCCCUGAGUUCCACAGACGUUUGAGAGACUUGACAGUGAAUGAUGGUGCUCGGGUGGUUCUGGAAGUACAAAUUACUGGUGCUCAGCCAAUGGAUAUUGGUUGGCUUCGUAACGGCCAGGACAUACCAGACAGUGAAGAGUUCCGCUAUGUCAGCCGAGGCAACCUGUACCAGCUGGUGAUUGCUGAGAUCUUCCCAGAGGACUCCGGCAAGUACACCUGUGAAGCCUUGAACGAUCACGGUGAAGCUGACUGCCAAUGCUCAUUGAACGUCAUUGAGGAGCCAAGCGUCAGCAUCAGCAUUAACAUCAGUCAAGACGUGACGGCCACAACCACUGACCAAGCCAUCAUGGAUGAUGAGAACAUCCCUCCAGAGUUCUUUGAGGAACCUCAGUCAAUGACCAUAGAGGAAGGAGGGAUGGCCCGUUUCGUCUGUGAUGUGGAUGGAGAACCAGUCCCUACAGUCAAGUGGUCCAAAGACGACGUACCAAUCACCGAUGGAGGGCGAUUCAAGUUGUACUCGGACAAAUUCUCUCACACCUUUGAGAUCCCCGUAGCUCUUGCUACCGACGAGGGAGAAUAUGUGUGUACAGCCACCAACAAGGAAGGACAGGUUGAGUGCGGAUUUAGUCUGAGGGUCAUGAGAGAUCAGACAAUGCCGAUCGUUGACAAACAGACCAUUGACGACACUGACCAUCAAUUCAUCCCAUCAGACACAUCACCAGAGCCCAUUGCAAUCAUUGUCCCUGUGGCACUGGUCACCCCUCAAGCUGCACCAGACAGUGGUCUGAUUGCUGAGUUUGAGGCCAUAUCAGACAAUGAACCAGUGCGCUUUGGUUCCGAUUCAGAAGCCCCAGUGUUCACUGAGGAACUUACAGACCAGGUUGUCGUCGAGGAAAGCGGGACCACGUUCCAGUGCGUAGCCACUGGAAAGCCCCUUCCUGAUAUCACCUGGUACUUUGACGACAAACCCAUCAAAUCCUCCAAGUAUUUCCAGAUGAGCGAGGAGGAUGAGGUCUGUAAACUCAUCAUUGCAGAGGCAUAUACUGAAGAUGCGGGAAGAUACAGUUGUCAUGCCAACAAUGAAGCAGGGGAAGCGGUGACAUCGGCCAUGUUGAUGGUUGAAGAACCAGGGGAAGCUUCAGAGCCUGAGCCGAAGCUAGCUACAGUUGCAGAACCGAAGUCAGCUCCAGUUCCUGAAUCAACUCCAGUUCAAAAACCAGUUCCAGUUAAACCACAGCCAGCCGCCCCUGCCGUGCCUGCAGCUGCGCCUGUAAAUCAACAAGCUCCAACGUUUGAGAAGAAGAUACAAGAUUGUGAGACACAAGCCAACAGUGAAGCCAAAUUUGAGUGCACUCUGAGAGGAACACCCGCUCCUGAUGCUAAAUGGUUCAAGAACGGCAAGCCAUUGAAGGAGGGCAUCCGCCACAAGAUGUCCAAAGGAGCUGAUGGGGUGUGUAAGCUCACCAUCCCCAGGGCUCAGAUGGAGGACUGUGGUGACUAUGAGUGUCAAGCCAACAAUGUCAACGGGAGCGCAUCUUGUGCUGCUAAGCUUAAUAUUCUAACUUCUAAGAAGCUACCUCUCCUGAGCAAGUUCCAGCAAGGAGGACCUCCACCAGGUCAGGGACCUGGAGGCAAGAAAGCUCCCAUCGGAACCAGAGUAGGCGGCAGCGUCUUCGCUAAAGCACAGAAGUUUGGCAAGUAAUCUGAAGAAGAGACCCACAAAACAGAGGCUGGUGAUUUCUAUAAAAAAACUGGAUUAAUUUUCCACAAAGAGAUCUUUAAGGUUGGUGAUUUUAGACUUUAAUGCAAAAUCAUAUUUUAAGUUCAGGGAAAAAUUGGGUUUGAUUUGUUGGAUUUUACCAACUUCUUUUUGGGCAUCACACGUUUUAAGUUGUAGUCAGUGGUUAUUAAUAUAUAAGAAUUGAAAUCACCAGCUUCUGUCUGAGUUUCAUACCAGAUACUUUAAACCCAAACAGUCUACCUAUUAAAGUCAAUGUUAAAGACUAUAACUAAAUCAAUGCAGUGGUUUAUAUCUCCAUGUAACUGUCCAAUCAAUUAUGUACUUUGUGCCUUAAUUUUUUGUACUUCCAAAGUGUCCUUAAUCUAAAUCAAAGUGUCCUUAAUCUAAAUGUUUUUAAAGAUUAGAUAAAAAUGUUGUAGAAUGAAGUUAUUAUUUAAUUUUUUGAUAUAUAAAUGUUAUUUAUAAGAACAAAAUCGGGUAAAAUGAUGUGUACUUGACACAAGUGUUUUUAAAGAAUGUGUACAAUAGAACAAAAAAGUAUAUGUGUUUUUUAAAAUUCCAACAACUGGAAAACCAAGAUGUAAAUAAUUCUUAAAGCGACAAAGAUGUGCGAAGAGAAAGUUUAUAUUGUAUACCAAUGUUAAACUAAAAGACGUUCCCCGCACUAACAUAGAUGUAAAAUGUGCUCGGUGACAAAACGCCGAUGGAAAAACGUUUGUACAAUUUUGUUAUGAGGCGGGGAACCAGAUUUUGUAAAAUUGAUGACUUAAAUAAUGACAACGCAGCAAUUCUGUGACCAAACAUUGUUCCUGGUCGCAAGAGUAACGCUGGCGUCUGUAUUUUUGAUGACCAAGGAAAUCCGCCGUUAAGGUAAGAUCCUAGAAGAUGAGGCUCUCGUUCCGCUAAGGAACUCUGGAGAGCCAGAUGAAGUGAAUUAAUAGUACUACUUGAGGAGUGGAGGGCGUGCUCCCUCCACCCUCAGAUGACAGUGUCGAAGGAAGCAAAGCUUCGCUUAAACAUUCCGCUGUCGUCAACUAAUUAUAAAGUGAAAAGACAUCUUUAAAAAGAUGUCUUUGUUUAUGAAACUUGACGCCCGAGGUGGAAUAAACCUCGGACGACGUCAGGAUGAUGAAACUCUACCAAAAACUAAGAUAUAAGACGCAGCGGGUUGGGCUGCGUCUUAAGAAAAGAGGAGGACCUUGAGAGCAAAUUGGGGGUCAUUGUGGUGGUGCACUUCCAUGUUGGCUCUCGGCCCUUCCAAAAACUUUCUAUUUAUUAUUUAUUUCAUUCAGUUUGAGGAAAGUUUUCUGAAUUGGAUAUUUAUUUAAAAACAAUAUUAUCUCAACUAAAAAUUUCCUGAAAGCCAGUGGUCGGACAAAAACUGCUGCUUUUAUAUAAACGCCCUCAAUCAUGAAAACCCAUUAAAUGAAAACUUUCCUCAUAUUGUUUAUUUAAUUUCGUGUCCAUUAUCACUUGAUAAUGAUACUUAAUUUUGUUCCACUUUUGUUCUUGUGUAACUGCUGUGAUUUUAAGUAACUUAAAAAAACAAAAUGACCUGGCCCUCCAGAAAUGUUGCAGUUUGACGUCAUUAUCUGAAAUGGAUCACCGAUUUCGUGGUGGUAAUCACCUGAUCCAGCAGAGCGACUCUCAUUGGACAGUAGCAUAAGAGUGGGCGUGUCUACAUCUUGGGUGGGCGGGGCCCAGGUCUUUUGUUUUGCUUUGCUUUGUAGUUCCCUAUCAGUAAUUUACCUUUAAAGCACAAUUUAAUGUUUAAGAAAUGACCAGAGUAUCAUACUAUUUCUCACAGUAGAUAACAUUUGACCUAAUCAUGAAGUUAUUGCAAGACUUAACUGCAAAUAAGGGUAAAAGUUACCCCAAUUAAACUAGUUGGUUGAAUACACAUCAAAUUGCCACCUCGCAUACUGGGAAUUUCCUGUGUAUUAUAGUGUUUAAUUCUAACACAUUUUCAACCAAACAACAUCCAAAUGCAGGAGUAAAAUCUCAUAGCUUUGGGACCGAUCUCAACCUUUUCCCAACCUCGACCCCUCCCAAACUCAACCUCCUCGAAACUCAACCCUCCAUGAACCUCAACCCCCCCCCCCAACCUCAACCUCCGAUAAACCACAACCCACCCUAACACCCACUUCGCUCUGGUCAGUUCUUGAACAAUGUAACACUAUAAUAUACGUAAGACCCUGAUCAAUUACUUUGCACGCUGCACAGUAGGCAUUUACCACACUGUGAGCAUUUCCUGUAGUUUUUACUCAGAUAAAAACCCUUUAAAUUGAAGCUUAUGGAUUGAAUUGUUGACAACUGUUUUUAAAACCUCCCAAAUUUAAUCGAUGUUUGUACUAGACUUUCUUUGUCCUGAAAUGUUAAGCUUCAAGUUUUGUUAGCUAUUUAUUGUGGAUAGAAAUAACUUAUUUAUUUACUGGAAUCAGGGUCUAACUAUAACACAGUUAUUAAGUAGAAAUUUGAGUUAAAGCAUUGCACAGAGGAUGUUAUCUUAUUCGAUUUAUUCAUCUAUUUUUCUCGCAGUUAUUUUUUCGUAGUAAUGUUUUAUGAUGCCCCAAUAGUGCUGUAUUUUGUUCAUUAAACGUGCAAUGCUCCGAAAAAUAA